CUCCUCCCUAAACAGCAGGCCAGGUGAAAUCAGAAUCAGGAGAUAUUUAUUAUAUUGUGCCGGCUCUGAUUGGGAAUGUGUGUGUGAGAAUUCGAAUCCAUACGAACCGAAAAGCGACCUGACAUCUCCAAGGCCCCCGAAACCAGCAACACAUCACGCACGCCGAGUCCACAGGCACGCCGAUUGAAAUCGCUAAAGAUACGAUUUCUGGUGGAGAUCUGCACGGAAUCUGCGUAAUCAUGGCCACGGUAGCCCUGCUCACACGGCAGCGUAUGCUCGCCUGCUCACUGCGCCUGUAUGGUGGCCGUCACAUGCACUUCCUGGCGGCGUUGCCAAGGAUUAGCACUGCCAGCCCAUCAUCUUCGAUGGUUGGCAGCGGCUUCUCCUCGGCGGGUCUGACGGAUCAGCGAAGCAGCUUGCUGCUGCCGUUGCAGCUGCAGCGCCACAACCACAAGUCAUCGGUGACCACCAGUACCACCACUCACUCGGCGGAAGACGACAACAACAAGCAUGCCAAGCCUGAGGCCGCCACCUCGACCAGCGAUUUAUUUGGGGAGGCGGCAAACAUGUCACUGAUGUCCAAGUUCAAGCACAUGUACAAGAAGUACUGGUACGUGCUCAUCCCGGUUCAUGUGGUCACAUCGCUGGGCUGGUUCGGCGGCUUCUACUAUCUCUCCAAGAGCGGCGUGGAUGUCCCGGCUUUGCUGCAGUAUUUGCAUCUCAGCGAGAACAUCAUCCAGAAGGUUCAGAGCUCUCACAUGGGACACUAUGCCAUCGCCUAUCUCUGCUACAAGGUGGCCACGCCCUUGCGCUACGCCCUAACGUUGGGUUGUACCACCAUUUCUAUCAAACACCUGGUGCUGCAUGGCUACAUCAAGCCCAUGCCCACCAAGGACCAGCUAAUCAAGAUGUACGAGGACAAGAAGGCGAUCCGGGCCAGCGCCAAGGCGGACAAGGCCGAGAAGGAUGAGAGUAAAUGAUCUUUGGACGCGGGCCGCGGCGGCAACGCCGGCCCGCUGUUGUCGUUGUCGUUGCCGUUGCCACUGUCACAACCGCCGCCGUCGCUACGGAUUGGGGAUCAGCAUCAGCGACGGACGGCCGCCAGCAGCCAGCAACGUGCAGCAGUUGACCUGUUGUCUUUUUUGUUAAACUGCCGCCGCAGCUGCUGGCACUGGUGCUUAACGAACCUAACUCUUGUCCGGAACCACAGUCGUCGUUCACAGAAGUCGCCGCCGUCUUCGCCACAAUGAGGCCACAAUCAAUCACAUAGUACAUACCAUUACCAAGCCCACGCCCACGCCCACCCAUUCCCUGGUUCGUCGUGGGAGCCCCCCGUCCCCCAAAAGAAACCAAAAUCACAAAGAGAGGCACUCACACACAACACACACAGACAGAGCCGCAGGACCUGGAGUUCAGUUAGUCGUUAUUUAUAUAGAUAUAUUUUGUAAAAUGUGAGAGAGUUGUCGCAAAACAAUAAUAACUUAACUUUUAUUAAACUUAAACUACAAAAAGAAAGGCCCCAAAGGAGGCCCACAAAUUGUUGACGUGAA